UACAAGUUCCUUUGGUCAAACCCAGUUGGUGAUCUCAAAGAUCGACUAUUAUAAGUAACACAAUCUAUGCAUUUCGCUAUAUCUUUGCUAUAUAUCAUCAAUAUAGAGCUAAACUUUCAUGAACAUGGAGAAACCUAUGUUCAGUUUUUUUGAGGUUGAUGUAGAAGAAGCAAAAUCCAACACCACCGUCCAUCUUGAUGAUGAUGAUGAUCAGACCAUUAUAUCAAAAACCUCAACCCAGGCAAUGCAGAAUGACAAGAUCGAUACUGAAGAUUACAAGCAGGAUGGUCGGGUUUCAUUAGUUAAAUCUGAGAUGGGUCAAGUUAAAGAAGAAAACGAAAAGUUGAAACACAAGUUAUCCAGGGUAUUGCAGGAUUACAAGUCAUUGCAAAUGCAUUUUAAUGACUUUUUCCAACAAGAUGUUCCUAAAAGUCCGGAAAAGAUGGAUUCUGAUAAUCAUGAAGGCGAUGGGAAUAAUGAACUCAUUUCUUUGAGCCUUGGAACUCUUUCAAGUUGUACACUACUCAAGAGAGACGACUCAAAGAAGGUGGUCAAUAACUUCAGCAAAGACAAAGAAGAAGGCGGCGCUGAUGGUCAAGAGCUUAAACUAGGAUUGGGUUGUGAAUAUGAUCAUCCCACUCCUGCUAGAGUUGACUUUAUCGACAUGAAGAAAGAUGAAAGAAGUCAUUCAUUGGGGACGCUGCCACUUCCUAGUUUGAAGACGGAAAGAAGCGAGGAUAAUUUAUUAGAUCAGAUCCCAUUGAAGAAAGCUAGAGUUUCUGUAAAAGUUAUAUGUGACACCCAAACGAUGAAUGAUGGAUGCCAAUGGAGGAAAUACGGACAAAAGAUAGCGAAAGGGAAUCCAUGCCCUCGAGCAUAUUACAGAUGCACGGUGUCACCAUCUUGCCCAGUUAGAAAACAUGUGCAAAGAUGUGUUGAAGAUAGAUCAGUACUGAUCACCACUUAUGAAGGAACCCAUAACCAUCCACUUUCGGUAUCAGCAACAGCAAUGGCUUCUACCACUUCAGCCGCCGCCUCAAUGUUGAAAUCAACGUCAUCAACCUCACAACCAGGUCUCACCACCUCUGCUGCCUCCUCCACCACCACCUUGUCAAGCAACCAUGGCCUGCAGCCUUACAAUUUAGGGGCAUCUCAAUACCCAUUUUAUCUGCCAAAGACCACAAUAUCUACGUAUCAAUCUCACCCAACUAUUACCCUUGAUCUCACAUCAAAUCCCCAUUUCAGUAGAUCAAAUUCCACAAAUUUGUUUAUGAAUGCCCCGAGAUUCUCUUCAUCUACAUGUCUUAACUUUUCUUCUCCAUCGUCUUCUUCUUCUUCCUCGUUUGAAUCCAACUACAAAAAUUCUAUUCCGUUUUCAUACUUUGGUAGACAAACACAAUAUGAUAACUUCAAGAAUAUUUCUAGUGCUGGUUCACAACAACAUUCUGCAGACACAAUUGCAGCUGCCACCAAAGCUUUAACCUCAAACCCAAAUUUCCGUUCAGCGUUGGCAGCAUCACUUAAAUCACUCGUCGGAGGUGAGGCCAGAAUAUGAUAAGGACUUGAUAUUUCCGUUGUAAGUUUAAAGUGAACACAGUUUUGUUUUCGUUUUCUCUUGUUUAUCUUAUAACGUAACAUAUAUAUGCAUAUCCCAUAAGAAGCCAUCAUCAUAAUGUAAACGGUAUACUGUUGGUGUACAUAGACCAAAUUAAUAUGAAGCAUUACAUAAAUGUCGGUGUUCAUGGAAUGUAACAUUGUUCAAAUA